CUAACAGUGCUGGCUCCUGCGAGUGUGCAAGCUCUGGAAACAAUUGACAAUCGCUCUCGACCAUUGUCAUUAAUCAUUUCUUUCACAUUUGUGUAGUGUUUUCGCGCUGGAAUACAUCUGUGAGAUGCAGUGUCAAGUUGACACAAAACCGUCGAUAAUAAAAGCAUACUAAAGGAUCGAACGCGUGAAAUGUUUUCAGUUUUGUAAUUGUGUGUAGUGUCUGCUGGGCCACUCGCAUAACCUUUUGAGGGGGUGUGAACUUUCAAGAUCAUGGCACAUCACAGAUCAAUGGUAUCUUCAUAUCAAGGAGUAACCCACCUUGAACGAAAAGAGAUGGUUGCAUGAGUCUCGUCUUGCAUAACUAGCGGGUUCCAACACGUGCCUGCCUACUGAAUAAUGAAGACAUUACGGGGGAACUCGUUACCGCGCAUACUCACAAACUUGCAGUUCGAUUUCAAACUUAAUAAACAUACCUACCUGUGAUUGUGGUUUUGUGUUUUUCCAGUGAAUGCAAUUUACAAAUAAAUGGAAACAAUUUCCAUAUUGAAUUUAUUUAGUUUUAAAAUUAAACAGAGACAACAACCCAUGAGUCAGGAACUUUAGUAACAUUUCAGUAAAACAGAUCUUACAUUUAUCAUUUGUACUAAUAAAGUGUUAACAUUUUUUAAGAAUGAAUUAUGCACAUGUCAUUCGUCGUCAGAAGCCACCACAUUUGUCACUGUAGAAUGGUGCACCAUUAUUGGGAUGUUUAACGCAGUGGCAGUCUUCUUAAUGCAUGAUUCUGGACACAGUGCGGGAACAUUUUUGAAUCUAAAUGAUAAUGCCCGAAAAGGAGGCAUUCCAACAUGUUCAUUCUCCGGCUUCCGCAGGUUUACCGCUCCAGUUCCCGUCAGCCUUCGCGGCGUUUCAUGCGCCCCUUCCGGUGGACCAGCGCACUCAUGAGGGACGUUACAUCUGGGACACUACGUCGGGACGCGUCGUUCACCCCGGCACACCGACGGGCGCCUUCCACCAUCAUGCUGCUCAUGGGUUGCCAGGCAGUGGCUCGGGGUCCAGUCUCUCUGAGCUUCAGUUCCUGGCGGCGUCGCGGCGGGCUGCGGCGGCUGCUGCAGGGGCGGUGUUGCCCCCAGGGGCAGGUGGGGCCGCGGGGCCUGCUGGGGCUGCAGGGGGUGGCGUGGCUGUACCACCACCACCACCCCCACAUCAUCCCCCGGGCCCCGACUUUCACCCCGCUUAUAGGCUCAAUCCUUACAUGGAGCACCUGUACUCUUCUCUUCAGCAGCAUUCUAGUCCAGCCGCGUCCCUUCACG